UCAAACUCUCCGCGAGAGUAUCUCACCAUCGUGAUCUUGAGCGCAUAAGAGCAAAGAAAAUUAUUGGCGUUUUUCAAUGUCUUAGGGAUGUGUCAGCGAAGAAACGAUUUUUUGCUUUACACUUUCCAACUCUUGCAACGCCGGCGUGUUCAAUAAGUAGCCGGUGAUGGGCCGCUGCCUGUCGAUUUGGUGUGAUUUAGGGAAAAGUCUUCAUAUUCUCACUUGUUUCCCAAGAUUUAGAGACAUUUUCUCGUAUGACAAAAAUAUUUUGUGAGCGGAAAUCAAGCAACAGCUGACUGCGAUUGCCGCAGUUGCGGCCAUGAUUGCGGAGGGAGGUGUCGGUUGUUUUCGUUUAGGAAGGAUAAAUGAUUAUUUGACGUAGUAGGAGUCUGAUUCAAGAUGUCAAGAUGUAAAAUUUCUACAAAGUUUAUCCCGGCUACAUGCGCCUGGUCAAUGCUGCUAGGAUGUACCGGAAUAUAUUUUUAUUACCCGUGUUUAUGGCUGUUCGACAAGCUCCAGACAUGGGGCUUCCUCGUACCCCUCUGCCAGGGGAUCCUCACAUUGUUUGUGAUAGCCAAUUUCUCAUUGGCAACUUUUAUGAACCCAGGGAUAAUCCCCAGUGCCAUGUCAGACGAGGACCGGGACGACGACUUCCGGAUGCCGCUCUACAAGAACGUCGAGAUCGGCGGCAUCACGGUGCGCAUGAAAUGGUGCGCCACGUGUCAAUUCUACCGGCCGCCGCGCUGCUCCCACUGCAGCGUCUGUAACCAUUGCAUAGAGACGUUCGACCACCACUGCCCGUGGGUGAACAACUGUAUCGGUCGGCGAAACUACCGGUUCUUCGUGCUGUUCCUGGUGUCGCUGAGCGUGCACAUGGUCUCCAUCUUCGGCCAGUGCCUGGUGUACGUGCUGCAUCACCGGCACAGCCUCGGAGAGGUCGGAGUCAUCGUCACUCUGGUGAUUAUGUGCGUGAUCGGCGUGCUGCUGGUGCCCGUGCUCGGCCUGGCCGGCUUCCACAGUAUCCUCGUGUCGCGCGGCCGCACCACCAACGAGCAGGUGACGGGCAAGUUUCGCUCCGGCUUCAACCCGUUCUCGCGGGGCUGCUGCUCCAACUGCUGUCGCACGCUGUGGGCGCCGCUCUAUCCCAACGUUAAUCGUUUGGCCAAGGAGGCGCGACGGAAGCGGCACCCGUACAGCCUGCCGGCGUCACCGCACGUGGCUCCACCUAUCACCAGCGAGCACCAGGUCAAACUGUAUAUCGACAACGGCAAUGGCGUCCGCAGCAAAGGCGGCAGCGCCAUGUAUACCCAGGUGACCAGCUGCGGCGAGGGCUCGGACGCGGAGCUGGACGUGGGCAUGUCACAGUCGCGCGACUGCGAGGCGUCGCCGCCGGUGCCCCGCAGCGGCUCGAAGACCAACUUUUUCGCCCAGCGGCCGUCGGCCGGCACGCCGGGCACGCCCGCCGGCGAGUGUUCGCCGUACAAACAGUACUCCGGCCGCGCCACGCCGCAGACCCGCCCCGCCAGGGAGGGCCGCAAGUCGCGCAGCCAGACGCCAGAGUCGGUGUACUCGCCAGAGGGAGCGCCUGGCUCGCCGCGGGGCCGCCGGCCGACGGCCACCAGUCCCCCGCUGAGCCCGGUCAGUCGCGGCCGCCAGCCGGCGCUCUACUCGAGUCCGGCGCGCCGCUCCCAGCCGGGCACGCCGACGGCGCCUCGCAGGCCCGACUACAUCCAGGUGAGGUCGCACGGCCACCACCCGCCGCCGCUGCCGGCGGGCGCGGCCGGGCCGGGCCGCUAUCCGCAGUCGGCGAGUUACGGCGGGCUGGCGGCGGCCGCCGAGCAGCGGCUGCACGGCCCGGUGGCGGUGUACAGCGGCGCGCGGCGCACCACGGCCAGCGGCCUGCCUCAGCCCGAGUACGGCGCCGCCGCGCUCUACGAGUCGUGGCCCAGCUACGGCGGCGGCCACCCGGCACCGUUCGGGCCCCAGUCGCCGCCGGGCGCCCGCAGGAAGCCGCCCGUCGGCUACGAGCCGCCGCCGCCGCCGCCCGGCAGGUACGGCUACCGCCCGCCACCGGCCGGCGCCAGGGACCACGGCGGCGGCGGCCACCUGCCGCCGCUGCCGGCCAUGGCCGACCGGGCGCCCGCCUACCGACCCCCGCCGUCCGGCGACCUGGACCGCGGCUACAGGGCGCCGCCGCGCGGCCGGGCGCCGCCGCCGCACCCCGCCGACCACUACGACUCCAGCUAUGAGAUAUCGGUGUAGCGGCGGCGACCCACUGCCCCGGCCCGCCUGCCGUGCCAUGUCCGUGUGAUCGCCGCGGGCCGGCCUCCGCCAGUACAAACCGCCGUGGCUGCCCCGACCGACUCCGCCUCUCUCACACACAUCAUCUAGUCCGCUCCGUGAUAGCCCGCGCCGCGAACGUCGCCAACGUCGUCCCAAAUGUCGCAAACUCGCGAGUGUGUCGGCCGUGCGCCAGGCAGCUGGGGCGCGCUCGCCGCCCCCUGGUUGACUUUAUGUGAGCAAAUGAUGAACGUGGAUGCCGUGAGCGUGCCGUGUGUUGGUGCGCUGACCGUGUGUGUAUAUAUCUGUUGUAAUAACUGGAAGCGGUCGCGCGCGGCGCCACUCUGGGAAAUCACGGGUGAAGUCACGCAGUGAGCUCGCCUCGGCAUUAAUUCAGUGUCAGCUUUACCGGAGCUCUCGUUGUUGGUAGGUGUGAAGGUUUAAUCCUGGGUUUUGUGUGUGCAAGGGCCGCGGUCUGUGUGUCUGUUUCGCAGGCGGUGUCCGUGACUGAAGUCGGUGUUAUGUGCUCGUGUACGGCGGCUCCGUGCCAUAUCGCUUCUGGCCGAGGCAGCCGCCAAAGUCAUCUCCGUUUUAAACGUGCGACGUGGUGGCAGUAUGCAUCAACUCACAGGCUCUAUUUUUAUGUGGACUCCGCGGCUGCUGGGCUGAUGUCCAGUGUGUGUGACGGACGGCCGCGGCCCGGACGCGGUGUGUUUGGGGUGUCUGUAUUGGCCGGCACCGUACCAUAGUGACCCGGCCCGCCGCGCCCGUCUGUUUGUGUCUGGUGAGCCGCGCGCCGCCACCUCUGGAGAGAGCGUCCAGUCCGCGCCGCUCGUCUGUAACUCUGUGUGACGUGGCUCGCCUUCGCCUGGGACGGGUGCGUCGGUGACUGUUUUGUACCGAGUAAUGGUAGGCGUUGACAUGGAUAAUUCCUAGUGAUUUGCAUAUUUGCCCCCGAAAUAAACUAAACCCUCUGUC